AUGUUCAACCCCCGUCGCGCGUGGAUGAUGGUGGUCUGGGCCGUCCUGCUGUCGCUAUGGCUUACGUCGGCGCAGGCUAUGCGAGACUACCAAAUUAAAGAGCUCAGACAAGAAACAGAACACAUGUUCUACCAUGGUUUCGAGAACUACCUUGAUCACGCCUUUCCCGAAGACGAAUUGCGCCCGUUGACCUGUGGCCCCUUGACCCGUGACGAAAAGAACAAUGAACAUAACGAUGUCCUCGGAAAUUACUCCUUGACGUUGAUCGACAGCUUAUCGACAUUGGCGAUCUUGUCGUCAAGUCCGGAGAGUGGCGAUCGCGCUCUGUCGAAUUUCCAGGGCGGUGUGAAGGAGUUUGUGAGGCUCUAUGGUGAUGGAUCGCAGGGCCCUGCUGGUCAGGGUGAGAGAACCAGGGGUUUCGAUAUCGAUAGCAAGGUGCAGGUAUUUGAGACUGUGAUUCGAGGACUCGGCGGACUCCUAAGUUCACACUUAUUUGCUAUCGGUGAACUACCCAUUACAGGAUAUAACCCGCCAGAACGGGAUGCCGAAUAUGCCAGCGCCUGGGACAAAAGCGGAUUCUCCAAGCAAGACCAUGGCAUUAUGUGGGAGGAUGGAUUCGUAUACGACGGGCAAUUACUCCGAUUGGCAGUUGAUCUAGUGCAUCGUCUGCUCCCUGCUUUUUAUACGGAAACCGGCCUUCCUUACCCUCGAGUGAAUCUGCGACACGGUAUUCCAUUCUACGAGAACUCUCCUCUGAAUGCCAACUCCAGCAAGAAAAAGGAAAAGGACAAAAAGCGGAAAUAUGCGUAUAUGAACUCUGCAGAAAUCACGGAGACAUGCAGUGCCGGCGCUGGCAGUCUUACCCUGGAAUUCACUGUUCUCAGCAGAUUAACUGGUGAUGGCCGGUAUGAGGAAUUGGCUAAAAGAGCAUUCUGGGCAGUUUGGGCCCGUCGAAGUGAGAUUGGACUCGUUGGAUUUGGGAUAGAUGCAGAAUCUGGGAAAUGGGUGGGACCCUAUUCAGGAAUUGGUGCUGGAAUUGACAGCUUCUUUGAAUAUGCGGUCAAAUCACACGUUCUCCUUUCCGAGGGGAGCGCCCGCCUUUUGACACUUCCAGCCCUUGGAGUCUGGGAAGAUUCCCAUACCUCGAUCAAUCGACAUCUGUACCGUGGGGAGGGAUAUCAACAUCCUCAUCUCGUUGUUGGAGAUGUCUCCACCGGCGCGACGCGGGCCUUUUGGAUCGAUAGCUUGAGUGCUUACUACCCGGGCUUGCUUGCCCUGGAUGGCAAAGUAGACGAAGCAAUUCAAAUCCAUCUCCUCACCACAGCCAUCUGGACACGCUUCUCGGCCCUUCCCGAGCGGUGGAACGUGGCCACGGGUGAUAUUGACGGAGGUCUUGCCUGGUAUGGAGGUCGACCUGAAUUUAUCGAAUCAACCUACUACAUCUACCGAUCUACACAAGACCCAUGGUACCUGCAUGUUGGAGAAAUGGUUCUUCGUGACCUCAAGAGACGCUGUUGGACCCAAUGUGGAUGGGCAGGUCUCCGGAAUGUCCAAACUGGCGAGAUGAUCGAUCGCAUGGAGAGCUUCUUCUUGGGUGAAACGGCCAAGUAUAUGUUUCUCCUUUUCACUCCGGAUCACCCAUUGAACAAAAUCGAUGCGCCGUGGGUUUUCAACACCGAAGGCCAUCCUCUGAUCAUCCCGAAGAAAAGAACUGCUCCCAAGCAGCCCUCCCGCCAGGCGCAAUCGUGGUCUUCUGAAAACCCCCCUCAAGAUACUUGUCAAGCUAUCACCGCGCCUAUUUUCGGCGUGUCUUUUACUGCUUCUCGACCUGAUAUAUUCCAUGCUGCCAGCCUGGCGCGUCUACAUCUUCGACCUCGUCGUGGAGCACCCGAGGGCCCCAUUCUCGGGAAAUCGCCCGAGCACCAGAGCGUGUUUGUUUCCGAUUUGUCGUCUCCUACAAACUAUACCUUCUAUCCUUGGACACUUCCGCCGCAACUCGUCCCGUUCGACGCAGUUAGUGCACCGAUGGCCAUGCGUCCCACAUUGGACAUAUCAUUCCCAUCUCUUCCAGGCGGCGUCAAUCUCGGCCCCGGGGCUCUAGAGCGAGUGCGAGACGGUAUUCUAGUCAAAACAAUCGGAGGGCUCCGCUUGAGCAUGGUACAGGACGUCUCUCUUGGCCACGAGAACGAAGAUGGAUACCGGGUGCAAGUGAUCAACAAUGUACCGCUUGGAAAGGAUGAGAAGGUAUACAUCUCUCGCCAGGUCACCUUUGAUGUCGUCGAUCCGUAUGAUCCGAACUUCACCCGGGUUCGCGACACAGCCAUGCUAGACCUCGUCAUUGACGUUCUGCCAGAAACCUCUCGCCAGCGCAAUGCUUCAGCUACUCCAGGAGAUGAACCACAUGCAGCAGAGUCUUCAGAAAGUGAAGAAACUUCGGACCUUAACCUCGGCCGUCGCAAGCCCGCUCCCGCCGUCGUCGUUGACGACGAAAGCCCAGUCGACUCCCCCGAAUCAACAAUGAGAAGCAUGCUAUCAAACUUCGUCAACUCAGUCUCCGCCCUACUCCGCGAUGACUCCGAGCCCGAGGAAGACGACGACACCACCAAACCCCUCCGCCUCAGUCUCCCCGCCACCCUACCAACCGGUAUCGGCGCAGCACCACUCCCCGACGUCGAAGACGCAAUAACAAUGUCACUAUUCAGCAAACCCUCCAAAGACCGCCUAACCUGGUCAACGAUCUACUUCGCCAACGAAAUCUGCGACGACCGCAUCCUGCGAGACAUCGUACAAACACACGAAGUCCUCGUCAUAAAACGCGGCAGCUGUACAUUCUCGCAAAAGUUGCGCAAUAUCGCAGCAUUCCGGCCCUCACGCUCAGCACUGAAACUAGUCAUCGUCGUAUCCUGGGAUGAUGAAGAGUCCCAACAAUCUCCUCCCAGUUCUCCGCAAGAGAAUAUUGAGAAGGGAUCUGCGCCGUUGGCUGCGCUACGCGCUGAGUCGUCGCUUAUUAGACCCCAUCUUGAUGAGGGUCAGGUUUCGGCUAGUGGGAUUCCGCGUAAUCAUCUCGUUAGUUUGAUUAUGGUUGGUGGGGGUGAUGAGACGUAUGCGCUUUUGCAGUCUUCGACUGGGAUUGGGAUUAAGAGGCGGUAUACUAUGCGCUCUCAGGGUGUUCCUAUUGCGAAUUUGCACAUAAUUUAA